CAAACAUAGCAAACAAAAUAAUUACAUAUGCAUGUCAUAAACACCAGCUAAAUUUUCGAGCAACUAGGCAACUGUGAAUACAUCUAAAAUUUGAAUUUUUAAGAAUGUCGUAUGAACAUUGGUUAAAUUAUUUAAAAAGCGCUGAAAAGAAUUCAAUGAUAAGCGGCAAAAGCCGUAAAGUCUUUUAUAAAUUUCCCGAUGGACAUCAAAUGGCUGAGGAAUAUAGCAUGGAUACCGGAGUGGUGCAGAAAAGAGCCUGGCGUAAGUGUAAGCAGCUGAUGGGGGAGCCAGAAUGGGAAAUUGAAUUAGGCGAAGAUCCUCGUCAAUUGGCUGUAGGCGGAGAAAAGGGCGACAUUCGAAAUGACGAUGGAAGCUUUACGGUCAAAAUAAGUAACACCGAGGCUAUCUUAAGCAAGCGCAUAACGAAGAAAAACAUCGAGUGGCGAAUCAGAAAUUUACCUUAUCCCAUAGACGUCUAUGAUGUAAAAGCUGAUCCCGAAAAAAAGGCAAUAGUUGUAAGGACUGCAAAUAAGAAAUAUUACAAGGUAAUCCCAAUCCCUGAUUUGGAUCGUUGUAGAGUGUUGCCCUCCCAAGAAAAUAUAAUGGUACAUCACCAAUAUAAUACAUUGAUUAUAACAUACGCAAAACCUGACAUUUUAUGUGAAAUGGAGGCAAAGGUUUUGCUUUUGCUAAAGGACGUUGAAACAGAAACAGACAUGGAAGAGUUACUACAAGGAUUAUUGAAGAAAUAAACAAAGACACAAAAAAAUACA